AUGGACAUGAAGAAAACUAAAAAGAAGCCUGAAUUAAGUGAGCAGUUAUUCGUUGGGAAUUACGUGGAUGUUUACCAUCAAGGGAGCAAACAAUUUAGGUUGGCAUACAUUUUGUAGAAAACAGAUAAGGAAAUUGAAGUCACAUAUGAUGGACUAUCAAAAAAGGAAAAUGAGGUAUGUUUGUGUGUUUAAACUUUGACUAGAUAAUUAAAUUAUAGUAAAAUCGAGUAUAAUUUGCGAGAAGAUCUACUACAAGUAAGUAAUCAUCUAAAAUCAAGAUUAUACGGGUGAUGACUACAGACAAUAAAAAACAACUCGUGAUUAUUUAAAAUAUUCUCGCGAAGAUUGCGAGAAAUAUACUAAGGAAUUAAUAACAAUUAUGUAAUCGAAUUUUCAGGCAAUGACACCCAUUGAAAUUACCCAGUGUGUGCGAGUAAGAUAGUUCAUUUAUUUGGACAUGGUCCUUUCAAGUGAAUUCUAGCCAAAGGAACUCCCCAUAGCAUUGGAAUACAUUAAAACCUACUAUAACUUCAUUAAGUGGUACUUUGACUAAUUCCCCAAAUACUUUGCAGACGUAAAUCAAUCUAUUUAAGUAGUUUGUGAGGCACAUGAACAAUAAUGAACUCUUUAUCAUUGAUGAACGAGCCUCAAUAGCAAGUUGCAUUCAAGAAGUAAGCGAAGCAUUCUGUAUGUUAUUCGGAUCCAUUUGGAGACUGCUUAAAUAGGAGAAUUCCUUCUUUUACGUAUCCUCUAUCCAAUUACAUUAGUUAAACCAUGACCUCGUGCAAUAGUAGAUCGAUAAGUUCUUCCCAGUCCCCAUCUACCAAGGAUUCGUGACCAAUCCCAACAUCGAGGAUUGGAAACUCUACCAGGGUGCUGGCGAUAUAGUUAAAUGCAUAAAGAGAUCAUGGCCCUUUUACUUAAAAACCAUGUCAUACUUUCGCUCCAUCGGCGGUCUUCAAAGUUGGGAGAACCUAUUGAAACCCUAAGAAGGCGGAGAAUACACUUACAUACCUCUGAAGGCCAUGCAAAAGAUCAUCUUAACUUAACAAUACUUAUCAUCAUACUUCCCACUCCAAGAACAAGGCAACAUGGCCAAGAGGACCUUUGAAUGGUUCCAACUCCGAGUGGCCAAUCUGACCAUUUAAGACAUCAAAGACACUGACAUUGAUCAGAUCAGAGAAAUCGUAUAGGAUCUACAAUAUUAUUUCUUAAAAGGAUAUUCCUUAGAUAACUUAAAUAAAUUAGUGGAUGACAUUCAAUUGCAAAUGGCAUUGAAGUUCCUCAAGUCCACUUUCCUUGAGAAGAGAGUCAAAGGACUAUGUGAGAUCAAAGACUUUACUGAGAAGUUAAAAUUCGAGACAACCAGUUAAAUCAAGCUGAAAAACUCAACCAACAAAGAAGAACUCAUCAAAUGGAUUACUUAAAAUAGAAUACUAGAUUUUACUCUCUUGGGUGAUUCCGUGCAUCCCGAACUAAUAAAGAGAUCCAGCGAUGUGGCUGUAUUCUUGUGUAAAAAUCAAGUAUUCUCUAACGAUUACGUUGAUAAAAUCUGGCUGAACAAUUACGACAAGCAUGAAACCACUCAAUUAGCAUUGUACGAGUUUUUCAAAGCAAUCUCGCCAGUUCUCUAAUUCCAAGGGAUCGAGAACCUCUACAAUCAUAUUCUGAAUAUCCCAUACAAUAAAUAUAAUGAGAACAUCGUAAGCAUGAUCAGAACAUUCACAGAGGCAGCCUUAUCCCAGAAAUUUCAUGAGCAACAAUUACAAUUGAAGCCGGAUAAGAGAUUUAUGACAUUCAAUCAACUGUGGGAAUUGCUUCAGGACAGGGAUGACCAAUUAGUGGGAAGUCAUAUUCAAGAGCAAUGCUUUUAAGCUGCUCGCAUGAUCAUUUCGCAAAUCCCAUAGACGAAGCAAUUCAUCUCCUAAUACUUUGGAAAAUGCUUUGAAUUGAUCGGUAGUCACAAGUCUGUCUAUUAGGCUAUUAGUUUUGUUCAUUAUUUCCUUGAUAAACAAGUCAAGGAUGACAAAGGCAAGAGGGAGUUGAUCCACUCAACAGAUGAUAAAUACAAUAUCGUUGAACUCUUCGUCAAAGACAUUGAGGUCUACAUGGAGAAGGUGAGAUAGUACUUCAAGAAUGAAGAGCCUCAAGACAUCAUUAUCAAUGGGGUCUAGAAGUUCAGUCAGAAUGUGUUUUUCAGAUUGCAGAUGUUGAAUUACUUACUUCAGCAAACUGAACUAAAAAUCAAUUAUGAUCAAAGUGUCAGGUUGUGGGAUGCUUUGGCUGCUAAAACCAAAGGGGGAAUUCAGAAGAAAGAAUUAAAUAAAAUUCUUAUCAGUAAUUAUUAUCCAGAUAUUUCUUCUCUUAGAAUUAAUUAAAUUUACUUUGAUAAGGAGGGUGAAUCUAAGUUUUUCACUUAAGUCUUAUGUAAUCCAGAAAGGAAUGAAUAUGAAAAGUAAAAGUGUUUAAUCAAUAAUUUAGUUACACAAUCGAAGACUUCGAAUUAUUUUAAGUGUUUUUCAAAUCCUACAAUCAAAAUAGACAAAUGUUGAAAUAUUAUGGAAAUUCUAUCCGCUUCAUUGUGAACGAUCAUAAUUUUGAAGGUAAAAACGCUAUCUGGUAAAUUUUUGCUAAAGUAAAGGAUCUGAUCUUGCUUGAUCAAAUCGCCAAUUUUAUAAUCAAUCUUUAUACUCAACUCAACCUAACACUUGAUCCUAAAUGCGAUAAAAUCUAUUAGGAAAUGAUGGAUAAGUGUUUAGAACUGAUCCAACAACAGUGUCCUAGUUUAACCACCAGAUCCAUCAAUCUACUACUAUCCCUAUUCAAUUACUUCCAAAGUGGUCCCUCAUCAAAGAAAUCGCUCAAACCAAAUAACUACACCUAAUUUAAGGUUUAAAUCAUAAACACAAAUAAUUAAAUUGCAAUCAAAGAGUGCAAAGAAGGAGAUACAACAACAGUAAAUCAAUGGAAAUAAAAGUUGGCCGAGGAAUUAUAAGUAGCGUAUUAAUAAUUAGACAUCACUGUUGAUAAUAGACAAAUUGAAUAAUUAUUCGAUAUUGUAGAGACUAAUGUAAAUUAAGUAUUCCAUCAAAUGGCUGCAGUGAAGGCGAGAAUCAACAAUAAAAACCAUCCUAAAAAUUACUUAUCCCAAGAACAACGCACUUUUGAUAUUCUAUUCAAAUUGCUUGACAAAUAGGAGAGUACCGAAUUCUUGAGUCAGGUUUGGGAUCUGAUUAAUAGAUUGCCUACUAAUAUAUAAAUAAAAAAGUAAGUAGAAAAUUGUAAGGAUUGGAAAAAAUACUUGGAUCACUCAUUCUUCGAUAUGUUUUAUGUAUUAUAAAUCAUAUAAGCAUUAUUAGUAAAUGGAUAAUGGUGUGAAUAAUUUAAUAAUUCUGAUGGAGUGGAUUUGGUAACUCAAAAAUUCUUAGGUUAACAUUUGCAAUUUUAGUAGCGUCCACUUGAGAUUAAAUCUUGUUUAACAUAUUUAGACAUCCUCAGUCAUUAAAAUAUCAAGAUUAAGGAACCUCAAAUACUUGAUUAAAUCAAGCACAAAAUACUGGAAAUACUGCAAGAACUCUCUCAUUACAUAAAGACAAAGAAAAAGUUGGAGGCAGGACAGAAGAAAACAUCCUAAUAAAAAGAAAUGAAUGAAAUUGAGACUCGUCUUCUCAGGAGAUGCUUUAAUUAUUUGGAUGAAACUGGUUGCAAAUAGUACAUCAAAUAAAAUCAUGAAUUACAACAACAACUUUAUAAUUACUAUGUUGAACAUGAAAAUCAGGAACUCAAAAAAGAAUACAGUCUUUAAUUGUUAAGUUUGAAGAACACUCAAGAAAGCAAAUUAUUGAUUAAAAUUCUAUUGGGUGAUGUCCUAAAGAAUGUGAUUACAAAUAACAAAUAAAAAUGCGAACACUUUUUUGAGAUUUGUUGCAAUCUACUCCAACAAGAAAACAACUUGAACAUAGAGAAUUUCGAUUUUGAGGAUCUCCUAUCCUACAUUAAAUAAAAACUAUUGUAAUUACCACAAAACGAAAUCACAGUUAAAGAUUAAGAUCAAAUUUUGAUAGGCCUAUUAAAACUACUUAAUGUGCUUAUAGAUAAACUACCUCAUUUAUCAAAUAAUAAUUAAUUAUUCGAGUAGAUUUUGAGUUAUCUAUUUGAAAAUGAAGGCGAAACAAGAAGCAAGUGUAAGUCUCAACAAUCAAGGACUGCUGGAUUCAAUUGUCUAUCUACUCUAUUGAAAAAUUAGCAAAACAUGAAUAAAUUCUUGACCAAUGUCUCCCCUCUACACUCUACAAACACUUGGAGAACUAAACAUCUAAAUGACUGGAAUAUAUAAAGUAAAUUCCACGAAAAGUCAUCGACAGGAUACGUAGGUUUAUAUAAUUUAGCAUGUAUUUGUUAUAUGAAUUCUCUGCUCUAAUAAUUAUACAUGGUUCCAGCUUUUAGAGAGAAAUUGUUGAAGGUAGAAGACAAGAACACUUGUGUUUAAGAGGAGAAUCUGUUGCAUUAAUUGAAAUGUCUAUUCUUGGCUUUGAAGCAUUCCCAAAAGUAAUAUCACAACCCUAAAAAAUUCUGUCAUGCUUUUAAGGAUUUAGAUGGAAAUCCAACAAAUAUCUUUGAAUAAAUGGAUGUGGAUGAAUUUUGUAAUUUGCUUAUGGAUAGAAUCGAAUUAAAUGUUAAGUCAACCUCAGAUGAAGAUUUAGUUAAACGCUUCUUUGGAGGUGUAAUGUCAAAUGAAAUCAUUGGUAAGACAUGUCCUCACUAUUCUGAAAGAGAAGAACCCUUCUUUGCUAUAUCAUUGCCUGUUGCAAAUAAGAAGAAUUUAGAGGAAUGUCUUUAAACCUUAGUGCAUGGAGAUUUGCUUGAAGGGGAGAAUGCUUACAACUGUGAACAAUGCAAUAAGAAAGUCAGUGCCUUAAAAAGAAUGUGCAUUAAGAAAUUGCCUGACCAUCUCAUACUGGUUUUGAAACGAUUCAAUUUUGAUUUCGAUUUGAUGGCCAAAGCAAAAAUAAAUGAUAGGAUCGAGUUCCCAUUUGAAUUGGAUAUGUUCCCUUACUCUUAGUAGGGAUUAAGGAGUCAGGAAAAUAGGACAAAUAACUCAAAUGGACAAGACAACCCUUAAGAAUAUUAUUAGUAUAGAUUGACAGGAGUUGUAAUUCACAUGGGUUCAGCGGAUAGUGGACAUUAUUAUUCGUUCAUUCAGGAUAAGAAUGAUUUAAAUAAAUGGUAUGAAUUCAACGACAUUAUUGUUACUCCAGCAGAUAUACAAGAACUUAAGAAUGAUGCAUUUGGGAGUGCAGACAAAAUGUUGAAACUUAAAUACCCUCCUCAAUUAAAAGACAAAUCCAAAAGUGCUUAUAUGUUGUUUUACGAAAGAAUAAACCCAGUAAACAUUGCUGAUUAAACAUAAACAAUAGAUGUGGAAUUGGAUUAGAAAACGGUGUAAUUUUUGGAUGAGAUCAAGGAUGAAAACAGGAAAUUCCAAAUACAACGAUUCAUAUUUAGUCCAGAAUACUUUGCCUUUAUGCAGAGUUUGAUUAAGUUCUAAUUAUAGCAAUUGCAGGUUUAAGAUUAAAUUGUAAAAACAUUGGUUUUCUUUUAUUUGACAUGUGCAGUGAGGGAGAAUGACAAAACAUUUGUAUCUAAUAACAUCCUAGAUAUGUAGGAGUUAUUACGAAAAUCACCUAAUACUUCGUAAUGGUUGUUAAAAUGCUUCAAUUAACCAUAAUAUAUUAGAGAAUUUUAAUUUGAUUGUUCAAAGAAGAUGGUUAGGAAGUUUGUAAUUUAGUUGAUAAUUACAGCCAUAGAGACAGUUUAAUAACUAGAAGGGUUCAAGGAUAUAUUUGAGAUUGUUGAUGACAAACCAAAAUCUUUGGUGGCUUCAUUAAUAAAUGCUUGGAUUUCGAUGAUACCUGAGUUGAAAAAGAGUUUAAAAAAUUCAGUUGAAUUCUAUGAUCUUUUCUACAAGUUUGCCAAAUUGCACAAAUAUAAUGCUUAAUACUUAAUAUAAAAGAGGUUGGUUGGUAAAUUGUUGGAUCUUGCCAUUGAUGUGUUUUAGUUAAAUCCAAAUAAAACCCUAAUACCUCAAAGGGAAGUAGUAAAAAGAAUGGAUGAUGUUAAAGUGAUUAAAUUUACUGAUGAUCCUAGUAAUUACUUGGGAUAGUAGAAUUAUUAAAAUGUUGAUGUUGCUUCAAGUUAUUAUGAUGAAUUAUUGGAGAAGAAAUUUGAGAAAUCAAUGAAUUCAGGACCUUCAACUAGCAGAGUAUAUAUGUGGAGAGUGAUAGCCUACUUAAUAAAAGGAGAGUAAAAGCAAUUGCUAAGCACAGAGGAGUUAAACCUACUUCAAUUCGAUACUCAAUUUAUAUCAUUUCUUCUUGAAGAGGGCGAUUGUAAAUUAGCCAUCAGAAUGAUUUCGGAUAUUUUGAGUGUUAUUUCGAUGGAUAAUCAAAAAUAAAGCGAUGCUGUUAUAGCCUCCAUCAUAAAGUAAGUAAACGAUAAGGAAUACAAAGAGUAUAGAAAGUAUUUAGUAGUUCUGAAAAGAUUGUUUCAAAUGAAGGAUUAACUUUAAAUUCAAAGAGUACUAUAAAAUAAUUAUUAAUUUUUAGAUCAGUACAGGGAUGUCUAAGUUAUUGGAUGCUAUGCAAAAACAAGGGUAAUAUUUCUUAGAAACUGAUGUAUGCUAGCAAUACAUAUUACGGGUACUUAUAUAUUCUCAAUAUCUAUAGAUGGUUAACAAGAAUUAAUUAGUGCAUUAAUGGAUGAUCAAAAAUUAAAGAUCCUGGUAAUGGGUAAAUGAAAUCAAUAAUUCACAACCACAUCCUAAUGACAGAUUAAUUGCCAAUAACCAAAUUCCAUAAAAAUGCCUACACAGAUUACAUAAUAUCUACUUACCUAAUACAUCCUAAGCAUAUGCAAAGCUAUUGAGUUGGAAAAAACAACAAUAUCUCAAUUUACCCAAAGAACCAUUCAAACCAAAUGACGAUUUUGAUACUGAUGAUGAUUUGACUGAAAAAAAUGUUAAGGUGGAUGACAAAAUAGAUUUUUAGUAAUUUUAAUAAUUAUUUAAAGUGAUUAAAACUAAUGGAUUACUGCAACUGUAAGCAAAGUAAUGGGUGAUUAUAUUCAUUUAACUUUCAGUGGUAAGAUGGCUCCUUAAAAUAUGGACAUUGAAUUAGACAAUGAAAGACUUGCUCCAUUCAACACUCUAUCCAAUAACAACAAAAUACCUGGUAUUUUCAAUUGUUAUCAUUUAUAUUAGGGUACAAUAACCAGAGUUACGAAAUGGUUAUUGAACAUCAAUCUGAUCAUGACAAUGAUACGGAGGAAGGCAACAACAAUUCUAAUAAUUAAACUGAUUCCGAUGGAGAGUGAAAUUAACAAUCAAU